AUGCUCGCGCCUCGGAUUGUUGCUGUUCUGCUCAUGGUAAAGGUGACUACGUGCACUAUAUCAUUGUCAGUCGCCCCUCCGCAGAAUGCUAGCAAGCCCCUUCUUGAGUCCUUUGUCUCGUACUCGAUUGAGUUUUCAUCUUUUCCGGAUUUCGCAGGGAAUAUCAGUCAUCCGAACAACUUUUCAUACAACCUGUUGAAUAAUUUGCGUGACCUCCAAGGAUCUUAUCCCAUCGUCCGAGUUGGCGGGAACACAGAGGAUUACGCCGCUUUCAAUGCUUCACAGAAAGCCGCCCUAAUUGGCACCUUCAACUUCACAAGAUCGAGAGACUACCCAACAACAAUAUCCAUCGGCCCGAACUACUUCGACUCUUACUCUACCUGGCCAGGGGUUACGUAUAUCCAUGGUUUCAACAUGGGAAAGAAUGGGUCCAUCGGCUAUGAAACGUUGAUAGGGACUGCUCCACUUGUUUGUAAGGCCCUGGGGACCACCAAGACUGCUUAUUGGGAAGUGGGAAACGAGCCGGAUCUUUACAAGACCAGUGCCCAAGGGCCAGUGAGACCAAGUUGGUGGAAUGAGACGGAUUACGUCCAAGAAUGGCUCAACAAAACCCGCACUAUCCGACAGCUGGUGCAGCAGAAUUGUCCGGAGAUCAUCAGUCAGGGGAAGUUCAAAUUCUACGCCCCCAAUUUUGCGGGAACUUCAAAUAGUUUGAACUUGAUCACCACCUGGCAAGCAGGGUUGGACGCCGACAACAAUAUUGCUUUCAUCGACAGCCACAAUUAUAUUGGUGGUGCGACUCAACCGGGUGUGACUCUCCAGGGCACCUUGAUGAACCACACUUCGACCGUCUUGUCCGUUAGCAAACACCUGAACGAAUCGAGUCUUCUCGCCUACACGGGGCUCCCAUACAUUCUGGGAGAGACAAAUAGCCUGUACAAUGAAGGUGCACCAGGCCUGUCUAACUCUUUCGGCGCAGCUCUGUGGGGCGUGGAUUUCAACCUCUACUGCGCCGCAACCGGUAUUGCUCGAGUUCACAUGCACCAAGGCACCAAUUAUAGGUACGCUUCGUGGCAGCCGAUCCCGACCGUCAACGAGAGCUUGGGCACAAAGGCGCCGUACUAUGGUAACAUUAUGGUAGCCACUUUUCUUGGGGAUUUGACCGAAAACAACGUCAGCAUAAGUGACAUCGAACUCGGGAAUAUACAUCAAAAUGCCUAUGCGGCGUACGUCAAUGGCCGGCUAGAGAGAAUAGCCAUCGUCCAAAUGAAUGCAUACAAUUACACGUCCAGUGGCACGCAGGAACCUCGACCGUCUGAGACAUUCAGCUUUCAACUGCCAACCACCAACACUGCGUCAACCGCGAGGGGAGCUAGCGUGCAACGUUUGAUGGCAAACGGCAGCGACGCCAUCACGGGUAUCACUUUCGAUGGCUGGUCAUAUAACCACGAACUUCAGCAGGGGAAGCCGGUAAAAUUGAACAACGUCACUUCUGGAGAGGUGUUACAGAUCACGCAGGGCGGCAUACUUACGGUUACUGUGCCAUGGUCUAGUGCAGUGAUAUUGAAUCUGCAAUGGUGA